AUUGCACCUAACUUUCUCUUUGUGAUUUCAGGGGCCUUUAAACUCUACGAUCUAGACAAUGAUGGGUACAUCACGAGGAAUGAGAUGCUGGACAUUGUAGAUGCUAUUUAUCAGAUGGUGGGCAAUACAGUGGAGCUUCCCGAAGAGGAAAACACACCAGAAAAGAGGGUGGACCGGAUUUUUGCCAUGAUGGAUAAAAAUGCAGAUGGCAAGUUAACGCUGCAAGAAUUCCAGGAGGGUUCCAAGGCUGACCCUUCCAUCGUCCAGGCGCUCUCCCUCUAUGAUGGACUUGUAUAAUUCUGUGGCCCCUAAGCUUUG